AUGCACCCGUCCAUCUCCGGCGUUGACUUGCCCGCUGCUGGGCUGGACAGCGUUCGUCAACGUGGCCCAGCCCUGGCGACAUCGGAGGAGGGGGCUGAAGCAGCGCCCAACGCCUCCCAACCCGUCGAGAAAGGGGUCAAUGGCUUUGAAUCGCGGGCCAAGAAGACAUACGGGCGGACACCGGGCGGAACUGUGUUCGUUGUCCCCACAACUCACGACAUGGUGUCGCAGUUGCUCGACCCCCGCGAGCCGAAGAACUUGUCCGAUGUCUUGGUCCUCCUCAUCCUCGCCCUCCAUAUAUGGGCGGCCUACGCCCUCCCGGCGAAUCUGAAGCGCCCCGUCUUCGCAGUCGUCUUCUUGUUCUGGAGAGCGUCCUAUAACGUAGGCAUUGGGUACUUGUUGACUGUUCAGUCCAAGUACAAGCUGCUGGUGACGUGGGCCCGAAGGUGGAGGCUCUUUGAGAACCCAGAGACGGGUGCAAAUCCCCGUCCUUGGCUCUACAGCCUGCUCAAGGGGGAGCUUGAGGCCAAGAUUCCCGAGGACUACAAAUUCGAGGAAGCCCCCCUCGAGUAUAAUACGUGGCUCGUAUUCCGUCGCGUGGUGGAUCUGAUUCUCAUGUGUGAUUUCGUAUCGUACUGCCUUUUUGCCAUUGUCUGCGGCCACAAGCCAGAGGGCGAAGCACUCGGAAUGACCCUUUGCCGUUGGGGCGCCGGAAUUACGCUGGUUGGCUUCAACCUCUGGGUCAAGCUGGACGCCCACAGGGUCGUCAAAGACUACGCGUGGUACUGGGGCGACUUCUUCUAUCUUGUCGAGCAGGAACUCACCUUUGAUGGCGUUUUCGAGAUGGCGCCUCAUCCCAUGUAUUCCAUUGGCUAUUCUGGUUACUAUGGCAUCUCUAUGAUGGCUGCAAGCUACGACGUGCUAUUCAUCUCCAUCCUCGCCCAUGCUGCCCAGUUUGGCUUCCUGGCUAUCGUCGAAAACCCGCACAUUGAGAAAACAUACAACCCACCACCGCCUCGCUUGCGGGCCGAGUCGAGCUUGUCAGAGACUAAUAGCCCAAACUUUGAUCUCUUUCGCACAACCGACUAUUCUGUCUUGCUUCUUGUGGGAUAUCUCUCAGUCCUGGCAGUUGUCACACCAAACACUCCCGUGUACCAAGCCAUUUUUGUAGUUCACGCAUUGCUGUGGCGUCUGUGGUACUCGGUCGGUCUAGGCGUCAUUCUGACGAUGCAGUCCAAGGAAAAGAUGUUCACCCGGCACUUUCUCAAGUAUGGCGAAAGUGCGGGAGAAGCGUGGCGCCAAUGGAAGGGAAUGUAUCAUUUAAGCAACACACUAUGCCACGCGUCUUUCAUCGCCGCGUGCUGGAAGAUGUAUAACUUCCCCGAGGACUGGAACUAUGGCUGGGUGCUGUUGAAGCACGUCGUAGGCGCUAGCUUGAUUGCUCUUCAAGUCUGGACCGCCACGAGCAUUUACGAGUCCCUCGGCGAGUUUGGGUGGUUCUACGGCGACUUUUUCCUCGAUAGCACCGGCAGACUAACAUACACGUCCAUCUACCGGUUUCUCAACAACCCCGAGCGUGUCAUUGGCACCGCAGGGCUUUGGGGCGCUGCCCUCAUUACCUGGAGUCGUUCCAUAUUUCUCAUGGCCAUUGUUGGUCAUAUCUUGACCCUCGGGUUCAUCUCAUAUGUGGAGAAGCCGCACAUGCAGAAGGUCUACGGCCGGAACCUGCGUGACGAGGCCGGGCUGACAAAGUUUAUCAAACGGUCGUUGCCGCCACAAGUGAAGGAGUUGCAGAUGAGCGUUGACAAAGUCCUGGAUGAGACUAGACACUUUGUGGACGACUUUGUCGAGGCUGCUCGUGCAAGACUAGCGUCUGGCUCCUCGACGAUUGCAAGAGACACGUCGGCCUUGUUCAAUAAGUAUCCCGCCCGUCUUACCCUCAGCCGGAUAUCUCCCGACGUCGCCGGAUACGACCCCAAGCACUAUUGGAUAGUGCUGGAAGGCACGCCUCUUGUGGCUGCUAGUGAGAAGGCUACAGGUAAGGAGAGCGCCAGCGCGCGGGUUCCCAAAGCCGUCAAGACAAAGGUCUUUGAGUAUGGUGCCCCUAUCAACGUCAAGUGGACUGCGCCAGCCAACCACAGCAAAAAGGAUUGGGUGGGUCUUUACAUGGUGACGGACAAUCGCUCGAGAGAGUCUACCGAAGUACCAUCUCUCGGCCGCUGGGUGCCAACGUGCGCUGGCGAAUACGACACUACGACGGACCAGGGCAUCAUCUCGUGGGAUCAGCCGAUCGCGGGCCCAAAGAGCCCCGACGGCGAUUUUUUGCAGGGUGAAAUGGUCUUUGAGGGAGACAAGCUGUGGUGGACGCAGGGUGUCUACGAGUUUCGCUACCACCACGGCGGCGGCCACAACGUCAUGUCCAUCUCGGAGCCAUUCGAGGUUCGUAUUGGGAAGUUUGACGACAACGACGAAGAUGUGGUGAGCUACCUCCAUGGUGCUGCCAGCGAGAAAGCCGUCGAGGAAGCGCUUCUACCCAUCGUCCGCAACUGCCUCGAUCGCGACCCAGAAAUUGCCCCAAAUACGACGGACGAGCCGUUUGGCUCUCACGUAGAGAGGGACAGCAAGUAUGCCCGCAGAGUCGUGUAUGCCAUCCACCACAUGUUUGGCAUUGAAUUUGCUCCCGCCGUCGUCCCGGCCGAUGGAAACGUGAAGAAGCUGGCAUGGCGUGUAUGCAAUGCGAAACAGGUGUUGGCACCGUAUAGUAUGUCACAGUCAAGAGGCUCGACGACGCCGGUUACGGAAAAGUUCCCAGAAGCAUUGUAG